AUUAUUUUUAUAUUUUCGUUGGUUUUUGCGUUGCUUUUCUGUACCUACGAAUUGUAUACAGGAGUAACCCAGCACUGGCGUGACCACAGAAGCAUCCACCAGAACAUAAUCCCGGCGAGCACGGGCGCGUGCAAGGCCCUCUCCAAGAUCAUACCGCAAGUGAAGGAUAAGAUGUCUGGACUGGCGUUUAGAGUCCCCAUUGUUAAUGUGUCCGUGCUUGACUUGACUGUCAGACUUGACGCGAACACAACCAUACAAGAUAUCAUCAAAAACGUUGAAAAAGCAAGUAGGUCGUAUCUAAAGAAUAUUAUAAAAAUAUCCAACGACGAGGCGGUUUCUUCAGACUUCAUCGGAGACAGUCACUCUUGCAUCCUCGACGCUGACUCCAGCUUACAACUAAAGCCAAACUUUUACAAAAUUAUUUGUUGGUACGAAAACGAGUAUUCUUACGCCUGUAGAGUCUUAGACUCUAUAUUCUUCUCCGAAAAACAAUUCAACAUAAUAUUGCGAUCGCCAAGCAAAAUGACCUAUGUCCGAGCGAAGCCGGCAAAAACACAGGACGAGGUGCAACAAACAGAGCGCAACAUUAAAGAGAUGUCUAUAGAAUGUAACUAUAAUACCGAGAUCCCUAAGAUAGUCAGUAGCACUUCCCAAGAAACAGGUAUUAAAACAAAAGCUAUUAGUCGACCAGUCCUGCAAAGGAAGCCUCACACCGGGAAUACCCCGCCUUCGUCGGCCACGAGUCGCACCGACCCAAAAAAGAGAAACGAAUUAUUCAAAAUAUGGAAUGACAGUACCGAAGGCGGGAAAGUUGCACAACGACAAAACAGAAGCUCCUUCUUUCACAGUUGCAUGUCGUUUGGACCCAAAAACAACGAAAAGACGGAUUGCAUGAAAGCGCAAGAACGGCUCGAGAACGUUAAGAAAGAAUUCUCGAAAAUGGUAAAUAUUACCGAAGAUUUGUUGAAAAAGUCAUACAGUAAUAAGAUGCAACUCGAAGUUUCUGCUAAGAGUUCAAAAGAAGGAGAGAAAUUUGGAACCUCGUCAAAUGGGUCCCAGGUUGGAUCAGCUGAAGAGUCUAUUAGUCCCACGAAUGGAAAAUGCACCAUGAAACUAUCAUCAAAUAACCCAAUAUUCAAAGUGUGUGGAGAUUUCAAAAAUAAAGUAAUUAGCAGUCCAAAUACAGAAAGCAGUAAAGAAGAGGUGAGAAAUAAUUAUGAUAGAAACGAAAAUAUGUCUGAUUAUAACAUCUCAAGUGACCUAAAAGUUGAUAAACCACGGAAGCCAUGUUUGAAAGUUUCUCUCGAUGAUAGCACAAAAAACCGAAACAUUGGUUCUAGUCAAACUAUUAAAACCUUAACUUGGUUUACAGAUACAAAAAAUAAAAUAAAAUCGAGUAGCUUCGUAAAGACGCAGUCAACAAAAUCUACUAAAAUAACCGACGAUUUAUCGAGCAACAUUCAAGUGCAGUGUGCUUUUAACGAUCAGAAAGUAACUGAAACACCGAAGCCAGACCUCGUGAAAAGCUCUCAUUCGACGGAUAGAGAAGUAGUUAUCAAUAUUAUAGACACCACAGCAAGCGAAAGCGAGCCCGAGAAACACAGCUGUGACACACAAACAGUACCGAAAGUUAUCAAAGAACCAGACCCACCAGAAAAGGUCAAUCUACGAGAGUUCACGAAGUAUUUACACAACAAGGACUACAACAUGCACGUUAUUGACGAAGAACUAAAAAAACGGAACAUCGUAUUAGUAAACGAUCAAAAAGAAAACUCUGAUAUUAAUGUAAAAAGCAGUGAUAACAGUGAUCAAUACAGUAUAGAUCUAGAAGAACGUCGCAAAACUUUAAGCAAACAGAUCUUAGAGAGCCUGAGUAGACUGGCUCAUGAGCCGCUGAGGAUACGCGAUGACGUCACGUCGGGCUGCGGGAGCCCUGAGAACACUGUCACUACUAUCAGCAAUGGGGACGGAAAGAGAAGAAAACCCGACCUUUACGACAAACUGGACAGUGCCAGCGGAACUGAUUCAAACAAUUCAUUCGAAAUCAAUGAGAGGAAAUCCCAAGUCAUACAUAUCACAGAUUUGUCGAAUUCUUUAGAGGAUUUGGCACGUCUGGACAAAAUUUGCAGAAUCAUCGAGAUCUCAGACGAACUGUCAGACAAAUUAUUUUCGGCUCUCGACAAGUCCGAACUAAAAAGUGUACAAGAAAGAAAAUGGUCGUUUAAAGAUCUAUGUGAAAGAAUUCAAUUGGACGAUUUUUGUAAUAAGGUGUUUGGUAAAACUUAAUGUUCGAAAAUGUAUUAGUUUAUGUGACUUGUGUAAAUUUAAACAAAGUACGUAAUUUAUCAAAUAAAUCUAUCUUUAUUAAAGGCACUUGAACAAUAA